AUGAAGUGCCUGCUGAUAGCCAGUGAGAGCGCCGAGGUCCUCUUCCAGUGGACCGACCCUGAAUUUCAACAAAAUAUCCAGGAGCAGUAUGGAGCGUCUCAAGAGGAGGGCCAGGGGGUAAGAGGACACAGUUCUCUUAAUUGGCUUCCUUUUAGCUUUAAGGUAAACUUUAUUUUCUCACUUUUUAUUCCCUUCAGCUUCCAGCUUUCGAGGACAUCAUCAGCACUCAGUUCGCCCCCAUCAUUAUCUCCUGCAGCACCAUGGUGGACAGGCUGGGAGACAGCUACACCUCCUUCACCACUGAGAACAACCACAUCUAUGUCCUACAUCAGGUUGGCCUUUGAAAACACAAGCUCUGAGUCUCUGUGUAAACCCCCGGAUCACCUCUUUUAAAGUGUGAAAAUCCAUUUACUCGACUCAGAAACUUUCUCUUUAAAUACCUUCAUGUACAAAGCAGAUUCCUGUAAACUUGAACUUUGCCUCGGCAUUCACUCUGUGACCUAAAUGCGCCCUCUCGCACAGUGAACCAUCAUGUUAGUCAUGUGAGUCUUGUUAAGCGUUCAAACCUUGCUUUGUCCCCUUGCAGCACAUGACACAAUACUCGAUUUUUCCCAAAUACUUGACAUGUUCCAGAUCCAUUCAGUGUCAGCAGCCUCUUAGAUCUUUGUCAACCAAAUAUUUACCCCAAGAAAACAGUUUUAUAAAACAUUUUAACUUGAUUUUCCAUUGUAGUCAACUGCUUUGGGGGUUAAGAGCUAAUUGGGUCAUGUUGUUUCCUUCUCAGUUCGACGAGUGUCUCUACAUCGCUGUGAACGGAGAUGGUGAGGAAGGAGAGGAGGACCUGAGGAGGAAGAUCUAUGUGAUGAAAAAAAUGAUUGAGGUUCUGUUCGGCAUGGUCACCCUCAGCAGCAACCUCCUCAGAAAAGAGUACGAGAGUUACAUGACUUUUUUUAAAGCAGCAUCUGGAUGAUAAAUACGUUUAAACUCUGGCAUUUGUCCCACCAGGCUGAGGCCUCAGGACACCGAGCACAGAGCGCGGCUGUGGAAACAUCUGCAGGGUCUGCUGGAGACGUACAGUCACCUCAGAGAGAACGACCAGAGCUUCUUAGUGGAGGUGAAGUCAAGUACAUCUUUAUACGUGUCUCAGUCUGACGAACCCAAAGCCAGAGUUUCAGUGUCAAAAAGCUGACUCUGAAUUAUCUCAUUUCGUUUAUUUAGAUCUCCUUUAGCUUUGUCUAAGGCCAUCGCUCUUCUUCCCGGAGUCUACAUUUACAAUUAACUCUCCAUCGCAAAAACACAAACAAAACAUCACGCCACAAACACAAAGACGACGUCAAUAACCACAACAACUCACAACAGCCUACAAGACAAAAACAAAACAACAAAACUAGAACAAUACAAACAACACACACAUAUUACUGGACCUUAUUCAUUUUCACAGUGUAGCUAUAGUUCUGGAAUAAUCAGAUGUUUAGAUAUCAACAUACAUUGAAUUAAUUUACAUAAACAGUACCCAAUACGUAAGCAGACUUCAGACAUUUCAAGUAAAUCAGAAAAACACUGAUUGAUUGUACAAAGUAGGUUCAUCUAAAUAAGGAGUUGUUUGACCGAUAAAUGUUCUUUCACUGGAUCUUUAAAUCUGUAUUUGUUGUUUUCUUGGAUAAUAUGUCCUGGCAGAGAAUUCGACACCAUAAAUGGCCUGUUCACUUUCUCAGUACUCCUAAACUGGUGAAGACCAGGUUCUGAGCAGAGUUGCAUCUCGAAAACUGGCCGUAUAGUGCAACCCACGAAGGCCGUUAUUCAGGCAUUAAUCAGUUUAUUUUCAUUAGUGGUGAUUAUUAACACCUCCUUUCUGGGCUCAUUUCUUCUCAUCUUCUGUUUUUUGAUUCAUAUAGGAAAGAAAAUACUUAAAAAUUCAGUAAAUCAUCUGUAAAAGAACGGCGAAGGUUACAGCACCUGUGAAUUCAUAACGUUACACUUUCAUGUUCAGUUUAAAAAUCCUGCCAAGUCUGUUCACUGCAGCUGCUUUUACACUAUUUCACGUUUACUGCAAUAACUUUUUUAUACUCUUCAUUACUUUUUAUUAUAUCAGCCUGACCCAGUCAGAUAGCACAUGAGCAGUCCUUUUUGUGAGGAAAAAGUAUCAAAUGUCCUGAUAAAUGUGCUUUUUCAUGUGAGUUCACGCAGAGGUAGAAGCGGACAGCCUGAGUAAGAGUUCAUUCAGUCCUCAAACAUACCGGGAGGCCGUGCAGAGAGGUUAAAACAGGCUUGAUGUGGUCACUAUUCUUGGUUCCAGUUUUGAAAAAGAGUGUGUGAGUGAUCCAGCCGAGUCUUUUUAAAAUCUGCGGAUGAUUUGGAGAUUUUGGGUCGAGGCAGGUGAAGACAAUGUCACAACCAAGAAGGCCUGAGGAGAUGGGGACAUGUAUUGGUUCUGUGUCUUUAGAGGAUAAAACAGAUUUAAUUUUGAAUGGUUAAUAAAAAGAGUGGUCUGGUUUUUUUGUGUAAUACUCAAAAGUUCAAGUUGAUAUCAAGCUAAACUUCAAGUCUGUUUGAAACAGGGUUCAUGUGUUUGGAGAGGAGGAGGUUGAAACUUCACUGAGCCAGUAAAAAGAAGUAUUAGAUACUUACUGGAUGUUAUAUCAGUGUGUGUAUCGGUGUGUUUGACCCUAAAUUAAUUUAACACCAGAAUAAAGUAUCUAUCUACCUUUCUAUCUAUCUAUCUAUCUAUCUAUCUAUCUAUCUAUCUAUCUAUCUAUCUAUCUAUCUAUCUAUCUAUCUAUCUAUCUAUCUAUCUGUAUUGUGCUUUAGGAAAAGAUUGGAUGAUGAAGUUUUGCAUCCUCAUUUUAAUUUUUACUCAAAUAAAGUUGAAAAAUCACGAUGUAUGAUAUUUGUUGGUGUUAAACAUGACAAACAUGUUAAACUACAUUUGGAGAUCAAGAUUUGUACUGCAUGAACAUCUCUGCAGCACUGCAGUACUUCACCAUGAUGCAGUUUUAUGACACAUUUAGCUUUAAUCAUAUCACUGAAGCUACAGGAAAUUUGGACAUUGCGUUGGACAUGUUGCAGUUUUGUGUAUUUUGAGAUUGAUUGCGUAGCUAAAAUUCAAAUGUACAUAAUUUGUCAAAGAAGCACAGAAUGUCCUUGAUAAGAGUUUGGUUGUUAGGAGUCUAACCACCAGAUGGCAGAAACAGCUAAAAAGCUUCACUGUGUAUCAUCUCUGAAGAACCUUUGGUAAAAAAAAAAGAAAGAUUGUAUUGAGACAUGAAUGUUCAAAAACAACAUCUAGUGAGAAAACCUUCUUCUCAUAACAAGAUAUUUAGGUUUUAUUCAAUUUAAGGUUUGUUUAGCAGCUGAUCAAGUCCGUCUCAGUGAGAUGAUUAUAUCACGCUGCUUAAAUCAGACCUCUGAGAUAAUUUUCACAUCCAUUUCAGCCGGUGUGGACUCAUAUUUUUAGGGAAAAACGCUGGAUAAUCUCGAUCACUCACACACUCUGCUGUCUUCUCCUCCCCUCCUUCUUUCAGGCAGUGGAGAGGCUGAUCCACCCCACGCUGUGCGAGCAGUGCAUUGAGUUCCUGGAGCGGCGUAUAGUUCAGCAGCUUAACAGCAGUGUGGAGCGAGCAGGGGAGGAGGUGCUGCAUUCUUUCAUUCUGGUUCACACCAAACUGCUCGCCUUCUAUUCCAGGUACACGUUCACCCUCCACAUGUCACCCAACACUGACACCUUAGUCUUUCUGAUCGCCAAGCAGAAGGUUUUAUUUUUAUGCAUCAAAACGUGCUUUUUCUUUGCUCCUUUCAGCCGCAAUGCGAGCACACUCACCACCUCAGACCUCCUGGCCCUCAUCAUCAUGGCACAGAAUAUGUAUCCUAGCAACACAGACCUGGAUGACCCGGGUCCAGAGGUAGGGAAACACAUGCAGCAACUUCCACAGCCUCUUCUUAUGCUGCUCUUGAGUUUCCUUCUGAGCAUUUAUGAUUUUUCUUUCUGUUUUUGUUGUAUGAUGGAAAAGGAUGUUGAGAGCACAUCUGGUUCUGGUCCUGAAAGCUUUUACACCCCGGAGCCCUCACCUACGGACUCCAGCAGCUCAGGUAGGUCAUGGAGCAGCUCUUCAAAUGACAAGGACCAGCUGGUAGAGCCACAGUAUUGUCGUUUCGCCCCUACCCCUUACUGAAAUAAGACAGAGAGCACGUGUGAGAAAUUUUUAUUUGAAGGGGUAAAAGGCUCAGAGCUCAAAAUGUGUUGGCCUCACUUUAGGGGAACUGUUUUACCUCCCAACUUUUCCUGUCACUUUGGAUUUCACCAGGUAAAUCUUUCAGUUUUAAGGACAUUAUCUCCAUAUUUAUGUUUCAGCAGAUAAACCAGUGAGAGGAAGUACUCCUGUGUUUGAGUUUGUGGACCCAGACAUCCAGGUGAGGGUUUAUUUCAUCUUCUGUUCUUAAAGGGAUAUUCCGGCAUAAAAAUUAGUUCGGGUCAAACACCGAGUUAGACAACCCGUCGAGAGAUCAAUGUUGCCGACCGCUUGCUUCUCUAGUUUUACCAACUUUAGUAACGACCGCAGGAUAGCAAUACACAGCAGUCUGAGGAGCCAUAAACAAACCUUAACCAAAACGCCACUCUAUAGCCACAAAUAAUGCUCAGAACAGCACCUAACUUCAUCAACAUCGAGGGGGUGUCUUAGUCGGUGUUAUGGUUUGUUUGACCGUAAAUAAAUUUUAUGCUGGAAUAUCCCUUUAACAUAUGACUCUCACUUUUUAUAUCGUAUAAAAAAAUAUGAAGCGGUUGCAGUAAGAUCUGAUAAAACAUCCUCAGAUGGCAGAAGACAGCCUGCAGACUCUAGAAGUUCCUCCUCCUGAUCCUUCAACCCCUCGCAGAGUCUUCUUGGAGGUCUCCCUCAAAGAGGGGCUGUAUCCCAUGAUGCCUCACUCCAUGUACUGCCUACCACUUUGGCCAGGGAUCACAUUAGUGCUGCUAACUAAGGUCUGUAGACGCCAACGCCCCCAUAUUUGCUCACUUCCUCAUUUUGCUCACAUGCACACAUCUUUUCAACCUUGCCUCCUCUCUGUUGUGACAGUCUGUGGUCUGUGGCCAGAUGGAGGUACAUUUAUGACAUUCUUUUUGGCACAUACACUGUAUAAAACUCCUCUGAACCUCUCAAAGAUACAUGUUUUAUUUGUCAGAUUCCCACCAGUGCAGUCGCCAUGUCAGUCUACAAGUUUUUGGAAGCCUUUGCCAAGCUAGAGAAGCGUCUGAGUGAAGGCCAUGAAGGUUCUUCUGCUACCAGAGGUCAGCCAACUAUAUUCGAUGUCCGCAGCAAACUGGAUAAAUUUAUUAAAGCUCUGGGACCCAGUGAUAUACAGGUAUGUGUGGAAUGGGCCUUUUAAACCAUGGUUAAUGGCACCACUGACAACAAGCUAUGAUUCAUUUUUGUUGUUUCCACCAGCAAAAUACCCAAUAUGGAAGAAACACCAGAUAAAAAAAUUGUGCUCCAAGAGAGCCAGUCCCUUGCGAAUUACAAAACAAUAAUUGUGAUUAAAUUUAUUGUUUAAAAAAAAUCAAAACACUUCAGUUUUUGGAACAGAAUAAUAAUAAAAAACUCCUUUUGUUUUUGUUUUGUUCUCAUCCAGUCUGCACAGUUGCAAAACGUCUGGGCGGAGUUCAAAAACCGAGCCUUUUCCAGAGGAGGACCCGGGUUCACCAGAGAGUAAGUCCUCUACCGCCCCCUGCUGGCCAUUCUAUUUAAAAAAAACAAACUCUCACCUCCACUUUGAGUGCUUACAUAUGUGGUUUUGUUUAGACUCAUCCCGUGGUGUAAGAAUAUGAAGACCCAGCUGUGUGGAAUUUACCGACAGUGUUUCCUGAUCGACUCCGGACCAUCCGACAUUCCUCGACGCAUCUCCCCGACGCUGCAGGAACGAGCCCAGACCAUGGUGCAGUGAGUAUCAACCGUUCGAGUCUAGAUUAGGUUAAAGAACUGCCCACACCAGCGUACUUUAUCAUUCAUUUCUGUGUCUUAUUUCUCUCUCUGUUUUUGUCUUUCUGUCUCAGAGAGAAACUAAUGGACUGGAAGGACUUCCUGUUGGUGAAGAGUAAAAGAAAUAUCACCAUGGUGUCAUAUCCUGACCGCAAAAUAAUUCUCCUUGUUAUGGACCCAUGCUGUUUUUGA